AUGACGAUCAACAAAGUCCUAGGUCAAUCACUCGAUUGUGUUGGCGUCGAUCUCUCCCUGCAUCCCGUCUUCACUCAUGGGCAGCUGUAUGUGGCAUUGUCUCGAGCCAUGAGUGUUGAUUGAAUCAAGAUGCUACUGCCCUCGCGACCCCGCCGAUGAUGACGACUACUUACCUGCCGUAGCCUGCCGUCGAUCGAGCGGCAGCCGCAACCACCGCGACCCCAAACCCAGUAUUCUGCUCUGUUCUCAGGGCAAUGAACGGAGAAUAG